AUGGCUGGACGAUACAUCCCCCCCGCGCUCCGCGCGAAACGUGAACAGCACGUUGACAAGGCCGGCGACCCCGACCACGACCACGUCCCGGACUCCACGCCCCCGACCCUGCGCGGAGGCUACGGCCGACCACUCACGAUGACCAGAUUGGACGCUCUUCCGGACGGAGAUCUCUGUUCGACGAAGGAGAUUGAACGCCACUUCUGGCCAGACCGGGAGCACGAAACUACAGGCGCCAAACAAACGACGUUGCAUGAUUCUGCGGCGACUCCAGGGGUCCUCAGUUACGUGCUGCUGUUCAAAGGCGCAAAUCCACGGUGGCAGGACGACGGGAUCAUCUUUACGAAGUCGAGUUUGCAGCUCUUGCCAUCUGACUUGGCUGACAAAACAGAGGAUAAAGAUGCUCCAGAAGGAACCGGGCCAGAAAGUGUCGGGGCUUCUUCGACUUCCCAUGGCGGCGAUGGCAAGGAGAACAGGCUCAAUGAAGCAGUUGGACCAGAGCCCGAAGAAGCCAACCGAGGCAGUAAAAUUGAGUCUGCCACCGGUACCGAAGCCAGGAAACGACAAGGCCCCAUUGCAGUGUUCAGUCAAGUCCGCCGCACCCAGAACGAUUCGUCGCGCACCUUCAAGUUCGCGGGGUACUACCGCAUCGUGCGCCUCACGUUCCUCCAACCCCACUCGGCCGACCUGGUCCGCAUGCUGGAGCAGAAGUGGAGUCUGAAGGAUCCGCGCACAGGACACGUCCGGCCGAGACAGCGAGGCGCGAGCGCGUGGCAGGAGUCCCUGAACAUGGAGUGGGCGGUGGUCAAGUUCGAGAGGGACGAGGCGGCGAUGCGGAGCCUGGGACCGUUGAAGGUGGAGAGACUGGAAGAUGAUGAGGAGAAAGAAGGGUUUGAGCAGGGACGAGACGGCGGCGGUGGUGGAAGGAGCAGGAGGAUAAGUCAAUAUGAGAAGAAGAAGGGGCUCAAUGAGUUAUUGCGCGAGUUGAGGAUGGGUGACGAGGCGAACAAAGAGAAGGGCGACGGAGCACAGGAGCAGAAGGAGAAGGAGACAUUCGACAACCUCGCAAAGGAGGAGCAAUAG